AUGUUUUUUGGUCCAAGUAUAUUAGAGUUAGUGUCAAAGAAUAAAGUUUACGUACUUUGUUUGUCGAUUGGGAAUGAAUCGGGAUUGGGUGAAAUUCGGAAGAAAGAACUUGAAGCUAGUUGCAUUUCUUUUGGAAUUAAUAUAGAAAAUGUUACUUGUUUAGAUCAUCCAUUAUUACAAGAUGGACCAACAAAUGUUUGGGAUGUAGAAUUGAUAUCUGAAAUUUUGGAUUAUCAUGUAAAUAAGAAUGAUGUUGAUAUGCAAGAAACUCCAUGA